UACACUGAAGUUAUUCAAGUUAUGCAAUUGUAUGAUCUAAAAACCAUGCAAAUACAACAAAUAUUUAAUAUAUAUGAAGGAACAAAUCAUCCGAUUAAAUACAGCAAUUCCGUAUUAGCUAUUUCAAAAAAUAAGCAAAUGAUUGCUUUUUCUUCUGGAUAUGGAAAUAUAGCUCUUUAUUUAAUAGAAAAUGGUCUGGAAAUUAUUCGUAAAGAUUUAGGAAAAGAUACCAAAAUAAUUGGUUGCGAAUUUAAGGAUGAUAACAAAUUAAUGAUAAUUAAACAAGAUAAGUACAUGGUGAUGUCAAUUUGGCAUUUAUAUACAAAUGAAGUUCAAAAUGAUAAACAAAUCACAUUAGAAAGUAGUUUAUAUUUCUAUAAUGCAAGGAUUCCUGGUAAAAAUUUAGUUGUUACAGAAUCAGAUGAAAUAAUAUCUAUAUAUGAUCAUAUAUUAAAAAUAGAUAAUAAGACAAAAGAAAAUCAAAGUUUUCUACCAGAAUUAGAAUUAUACAAAGAUGGUCAUAAAGAAAAGACAGUUAAAAUAUUAGAAUAUAACAAUAAAGUUCUUUCAAAAGAAGUAGCGUUACCUAUUAUACGUAAUAGAGAACCAUGGAUAACUGAUGAUUAUAAAAAGAAAUGGAUAUAUUUUGAUCAAGAAGAAUCGAUACAGUUAUAUAUUGGAAAAUGCACAGUUCAAGUAUGGCGUAAGAUUGAGCAAAAAGAAAAUUUUAUUCUUGAAUAUUUUUGGACGAAUGAAGAUGAUGAUAAUGGAAUAUUACAAAUAGAUUUAAUGAGGCAUGCUUGUAUUGGCAUUGAAUAUUUAAAUGAUCAAAGAAAUAAAUUUGUAGGAUAUGAGAACCAGCAUGUAAAAUAUACAAAUUUACAUAUACUAAGAAUAACUCGAUGGACUGAAUCUAAAAAUAAUUCAAAUAAAAGUGAUUUGCAAAUAGCUAUUAGAUUGUGUAAACCUGGUCUUGAACGUAACCGUAAAAUUUUGGUUGUAACUUAUUUACUUGAAUAUUAUUUGAAAAAUGCAACUGAACAUCAUGGAUGGUUAAUUACUAUUUCAAAAGCAAUACCAGAUUUAUAUUCCUAUAAUUUAGAGUUUUGUAUACCCGAAAUAUUUUAUAAAAAAUGCAUGGAAGGUAUAGAAGUAUCAGAUAUUCCUGUACACAAAGAUAUUAUUAAAAAUUUUAAUAUUGCAAAAUAUAAGUUCAUAGCAUUUAAUUCAAUCUCAAAACCUAUUUCAACAAGAUGUUAUUUAUUAGUUGUAGAAUACAGACAGUUUAAUCAUCUUGGUUGGAGACAUUACUUCAAUCUUUUUAAUUUUGUGGAUUUAGCAUCAAUUAUCAUAGCAGUGAUUGUAAUGUCAGUUUAUGUCACUCCUUCAUUUGAUACGAAAAAAGCAUUUGCUAAUGUUAUAACGACUCAAGAAAUAACCAUCGCGAUUUCUUUUACGAUGUUAUUAUUGUGGUUUGAAUUUGUAUGUAUCUCGUAA